AUGCUUUCCGCGCUCGGCGCAAGCUCCAAAGCCGUGCUGCGCGCGGACCUGCAGCCAUGCGCGUCAUGCCACGCUCACCGCCUCGACACCGCUCACCACCUCCCGGCAACCGCGCUGCUCUUGCAUUCCGCUGCCCCGCAAGCGCACCAGCUGCGCGCGCUCAGGUCCUCCUCCGCCGCGCUCUUCCCUUCAGCCGGGGGCCGCGCGGACAGUGGGCGCAAGUCCGCGGUUGUUCGCGUGAGCGCCGAAGCGGAGACUCCGCAGAGCGAGCGGCUCCAGUUGAACGGCUCGGGUAGGUGGAUGGGGAUGGACGCGCGCCUGCCCUGCCCUUCGGGCAGAAUUUCUGCACUUCCAGAACCGUCGUCCCUCCUCUGCUUAAUUCCUGCCCCCGUGCCGCGCAAAUGUCUUGACCCCGCCAGUACUAGUCAUCCCCAUUUCCUUACGACCUCCUCUGCCCUCUGCCUCCCUUCCCCCCUUUCCUCGUGCCAUCCGCCGCGGUGGUGUCCCCCCGCGCGCGUGGGGUGCGCAGUGCUGCGCGCGGACCCGCUGUGGUCGGCGGUGACGGAGCAGGUGGCCAUCGGCGGGAGCGUCACGACGGCGGGCGCGGAGGACGUGCGCGCGCUGCAGACACAGUUCGGCAUGACGGCCGUCGUUAACGUCGAGGAGGAGAGCGCGAUGAAGGCGCGCGGGAGCAGCUGGGACGAGGAGCGGCGGCGGCUGGAGGAGCAAGGCGUGGUGGCCGUGUGGGUGCCCGUCAAGGAGCACGACGCCACGGAGCAGGCGCUGAUGCUGCCGCAGGUGGUGCGGGUGGUGUCGGCGCUGGUGGCGGCGGGGCACACGGUGGUGCUGCAGUGCUCGUCGGGCGACCGCAUCUCGCCGCUCAUCGCCAUCGGGUACCUCAUGUUCGUGCGCGGCAUGCCCGCGGAUGCCGCGUCCGCGCUCGUGGCGGAGAGGCGCGCCGGCAUCAGCCCGCCCAUGGGCGUGCUCACGGAGGCGAUGGAGAAGGUGUUGGCGGGGGCGACGGCGCGCGUGAUAGAGAUAGCGGAGAGCAUCUACCGCCAGCGCGAGCGCACGGGGCAGCCCGGCGACUCCAACUCCGACUGGGUGCAAGCCCAGCGGGCGUACAUCAACGAAGCCUUUGCCAAAUGGCUCGCUGCUGACGUCAGCUUCGCAGAGUCUAUCGCCCAGGCAGCGGAGCGCAAGGCGAGGGAGCAGCAGGUAGCGGAGGAGGCGGAGCGGAGGGCUGCUGGACCCGCCAAGCGCCUGCUGACGCCCAUCCGCUGGAGCGACUCCGCCAAGGCCCCCGCGCCGCCGCAGUCCGCCCCCCCCGCGGCGGGCGCGGGCAGCAGCGAGGCGUUGGCGGCGGCGAACCGGCGCGUGGCGGCGCUGAGCAAGGAGCUGGAGGGGGUGACGCGCGUGGCGGGCGAGCAGGCGGCGACGCUGCAGCGCGCGGGGCAGCAGGUGGCGGAGCUGACGGGGCAGGUGGAGGCGCUUCAGCGCAAGGAGCGGCUGUACACGGAGGCGCUGGCGCAGGCGAACGAGCGCAUGGAGCUGCUGGGGGAGCGCAUGCGCGCCGUGGAGCAGCAGGGGCGCGAGGAGAAGGAGCGCCUGGAGGGGGAAGUGCGCUCGCUGCGCGCGCGCGUGGAGGCGGACGAGCAGCGCGGCGGGCGCGCGUCGACGGUGAUUCAGGGGCUGCGCAUGGAGCUGCAGGCCGCCAAGGAUGAGGUUAAGGAGCAGUGGGCGGCCGUCGCGCGCGCGGAGAAGAGCAUCGGCGCGCUCAGCGCGCGCGUGAAGGAGGAGGAGCAGCGCGCGCAGCGCGCGGAGGCGGCGGCGCUGGCCGCGGAGGAGGACAAGCGGCGCGCGCUGCGGGAGCUGGAGGGGGAGAAGGGCGAGAGCGUGAGCGAGUCGCAAGACGCGCGCGAGCGCAUGUCGGCGCUGGGCGCGCAGGUGCAACAGCUGAGCGAGCGGCUGAAGGCGGCGACGAGCGUGGCGGAGAAGGCGACGGGGCGCGCGGACGUGCUGGAGAAGCAAGUGGCGCAGCUGGAGGCGCGCGCGCGCAAGGCGGAGGAGCAGGAGGCGGUAUCCGCGCGCGCAGCGGGGCUGCUGACAGAACAGGUGAAGGCGCUGGAGGGCAGCGCGGCGGAGGCGGGCGCGCGCGUGGGGCAGCUGAGCGGGGAGCUGGAGCGGCUGCGCAUGCGCGAGGCGGAGCGCGCGGCGGAGGGCGUGGCGAGCGGGGAGCGCGCGAAGCAGCUGAUGGCGCUGGUGAAGGAGCUAUCGGAGAAGGAGGCGCGGCAGCGCGCGCGCACGGAGCAGGUGGAGGCGAAACUGGCCGCGCUGCGCAACCAGGACUCGGAUCUGGCCUCGCGCGCUGCUGUGUUCUCCGCCCAAAUGGAGGAGAUGGCCCGCCAGCUGGCACGGCUGAACGCGGAGCUGGCGUUCGCGGAGGGGCGGGAGGGCGAGGUGCAGGAGGCGUGGCGCACGCAGCUGGGGGCUGCGAGCGACGUGAUGGGCGCCAUGGGACCCGAGGCAGCAGCACUGGCAGCGGAGAGGGGCGUGGAGAUGGAGAUGGAGCAGGCUGAGGGGCAGCCGGGCGAGCUGCUCAGGGUGUUGAUGCAGCGGGUGAGCUGUGAGGCGGCGGUGGUGAGGGAGCGCAGUGCACGCCUCAUAGAGGAGACACACCACAUGCGCCAGCAGCUCGACGAAGCGCGCAACCAGGUGCAGGAGCGGCCGGCAGAGGGAGAGGAGGGAGCAGCAGCGCGGCUGAAGGAGUACGUGGAGGCAGCGGAGGCGAUGGCGGUGGAGCAGAAGCAGAAGCUGGUGGACCGCGUGCACUCGCUGCAGUGGCUGCUGGGGACGACCAUCGCACUGGCUGUCAUCAUCCCCGCCACCGCCUUCUAUUCUUUCUUCGCUGACGACUCCCAUGCCACCCAGGUGGAGAUGCUACGGUCGCGCCUGGCAGCAGCAACGAGCGGGCGGCAGGAGCUGGAGAGUGCAGCAGUCAAGGCGGAGGCGAGCAAGCGGGCAGCAAUGAGUGCAGUGCAGACCCUAGAGGAGGUGGUGGAGGCACAGCGCGGGUCAGUGGAGCGGCUGCAGGCACUCAUUCCCCUGGUCGCGCCGUCCAUCCAGUCAGAGCAGGCGGCACGUUUCUGUGAAAACGUGCCUGUGGAGUACCAGUCUGCCGUCACCCAGCGCUUCUGCUCCGAUAUCGUGCCCCCCUCCGACUCUGCAGCGCCUGCUACCACCUCACAGGACACCUGA